GUUAUGCAUCAGCUGGUGAUCACUAGUGAAGUCUCACCGCACGGGGAAAGAAAGGAAUCCGAAAAGUAUGAACCUCAUUUGUACGGCCCCGUCUAAUAGAAAAUCACGGCUUCGAAGUUCGAAACUUGUUCAGUUCUAAUCAAAAAUCAAAUUCACUUCAAGAGAGCACCAGGCGAAACACAGGAAUCGCUCAGGCAAUUAAAUUUUUAGGGGUUUGGGGAAGAACCUGAAGAACACACUGCACUCGCAGGCUCUAUUCUCUCUACCAAAUGCUGUUUAUAUUCUCCAAUGUGUUUCAUUGAUUCUCUGUUACCGUGUGAUAGUCCAAAUUAAAGAAUGGAAAGAGUGGAUGAUGGAGAAAAUGUUGAGUUCAGAUGGGGUAAAAAGAGAGGAAUCGGUGGUAAAAAGAAAGAUGUAAGGUUUUAUGAGUCAUUUAAUUAUGAUAAUGUCGAGUAUACUCUCUAUGACUGCGUUUAUCUUUACAAAGAAGGUGAACCUGAGCCAUUUAUUGGUAAGCUUAUAAAAAUAUGGGAGACUAGUGACAAGACAAGGAGAAUCAAGGUUCUUUGGUUUUUCCGUCCUUGUGAGAUACUUAAUUAUCUUGGAGCUGAGGCACCACUUGACAAUGAACUCUUUUUAGCAUCUGGCGACGGCGUAGGGCUGACAAAUAUCAAUCCUUUGGAAGCAAUUGCUGGAAAAUGCAAUGUUGUUUGCAUUUCAAAGGAUGAGCGAAAUCUACAACCUUCAGAUGAGCAGGUACGGUUGGCUGACUUCAUAUUUUACCGUACCUUUGAUGUCGGCCUCUGUGAAAUAUCAGAUAAGAUAAAUGAAAAGAUUGCUGGGAUUGAAGUUAAAUUUAUGUUAAACAGACAGGAUCUUUUGAAGUCUCUUGGUGUUGCAAUUGAAUCAGACAAAAAUACAGUUUGUGGGGAUGCUAUACAAAGGGCUGAUGGUAAAGCUAGAGGGAAUGCUAUACCAAGGGCUGAUGGUGUUGAAAUUGAUUCAGACGAAAAUAAAGUUAGUGGGAAUGCUGUACCAAGGGCUGAAACAGUUAUUUUAUCCAAAAAAGACACAUUGGAAGAACACAGAACUUUGAAGACACAGGAUUCAUUGACUAAAAUGAAGUCUACACUUAGAGAAAAUUAUGGUUCUAGUGUGUAUGUGGAGUCUUCUGAAAUUGACAAAAGGAACGAUUUACCGGCAAAAAUCUCGAGCGAAAAGACCUCCUUGAAUUCUAAAGCGAAAGAAAAUGCAGAUCUGAAAGUUUCGUUGGAUAAACAAAAAUCAAUCCCCCAAAAGGCUGCUAGUGUAGGUGUACAGUCGGGUGAAGUUACAACGACUAAUGAUAGGCUGGGAAAUACUUCUGGUGAGAAAACCAAUACAAGGUUGAAUGUCAAUGAAAAUUCUGAGCAGAAAGCUUCAUCAAUUAAGCAGAAAUCUCCAGUUGGAGAAAAGCCUUCAUCUAAUGUGGCUGUGAAGUUAACUGAAAAGGAUUCUGAUAUACGAGAAAACAUGGAUGAAAGAGCCACAUCAAGCUUUAAAGUUGAUUGCAACAGAAAUCAGGGUAAAGUUUGCAAAGUCAUUGUUAAUGAGGUUGAUGAUGAAAACAAGGUAAAUUCUACUGGGAAUUUAGAUAUAUUGGAAUGUAGGCCAUCGAAGAGGCCAAAGCUUGACAAUCCUGUGAAAGUAUUCGAGGAGAAGAACGAGAAUCAUGUACAAAACCUUGGUCAUGAUCCCAAAACAAAAGCCUCAACAAAAGGUGCUCCUAUUUCCGAAGAAAAAUCUAAAUCUAAACCUUCAAAGACUGAGAAUAGCUCGUCCAAUAAGCCAAAAGUCGAGGAGAAGCUUCCAGCGCAGAGUGAUGGCAAGUUGCCUAAAGCAACAUCUUCUAGACAACCUUUGGAGGAAGAAAAAACUAUAAAGCCCCAAAGGGUAGUAAUCUCCCAAAUCGCAAAGAUCGAGAAUGGACCUUUCAAGAAGCCAAAACUCGAUGAGAAGCAUGAUGGAAAGUUGCCUAAAGAAUCUACUAAACAACCUUUGGAUGAAGAAAAUACAAUUGAUCAUCAAGUAGUCGAAGCCAAUCGAAGACCGGAUGUUGACAGAAGAAAUUGGUUCAAAGAGCUUCCCUGGGAAGAAAGAAUGCAAACUGCAUAUAAGCAAGGAACUCUUGUCCUGCUUGAAAAUUUGGAUCCAGCUUAUACUUCAGUAGAGGUAGAGGAUAUAGUUUCACGAGGCUUUAAGACAAGUUGCACAGCUAAAAUGAUUCAGCAGACCGCAUAUUCUAGUCCUCAUUUUGGUCAAGCUCUUGUUAUAUUCAAAACAAAGGAAGCGGCACAAGAACUUGUUAGAAAAUUACAUAAGGGUUGCUUAUUGAUAUGUAAUGAGAGGCCUCUUGUUGGCAGAAUUGUGAAUCCUUCCUUCCCAGGAAAGCAGUCAACCUUUGUCGGUCAUCUUGUUAUUGAUAAACUUAGAGCCCAAAUGCAACGAGAGAUGAAAGAAGCUGUAUCUACCUCACAUUGUUCUCAGCCUAACACCCUUGAAUAUGAUAUGGCCAUGGAAUGGUGCUUACUACAGGAAAGAUGGGACUGCACAUGGAAGAAGUUGCAUCAGCAACAAGGAAAGGAGUUGGAAGAAUUAAAGUCCAAUCUCAAGCUCAGAUUAUGAUCUUUCUUUGUUCAUUUGCUGAUAUGGUCAGUAUCUUCCAUGCAACAAGAUAUCCUCUGUGUCUGUGCCUAUGCGUGGUGGAAUUUUUCGUCUGACUAUACGACUGUAAUCUUCAAUGCUCUGUGACUGGCUGAUUUUGUUGCUGAGACAAAUGGACAGAUGAUUGUGGUGGAUGCCUUGUCACAUGGAAUCAUAUCAAAAUUUUGGUUUAGUGCAUGCCUAUAUGUUUUGGAAUCAGUUUUAAGGGUGUCACUCCCCGAUAUAGAUGUCAAGUCUCUGUUCUGUUGUCUCAUUUGCGUUGGCUGAUUCACCUUUGUUUUUUUUUUUUGAUACAGAUGAUCUGUAAAUCUGUCAUGUAUUAUGUUGAUUGUAUAUAAUGGUUAGAGUUAUGGUAUCUAUCGGUCUUUUGGCCAUGCAUAUUCUCUACUCUAUUGUUUCUACAUCUCACCAGUAAUCCCCGUUUUAAGUUUGGGGAAGUCAAUAAUUUCUUUUCCUCUUU